UGGGCACACAGGCACAUGUUUACACACGGAUACGUACUUGGGCAGACACAUGGACACACGGACACAUACUUACACACAAAUGCAUGUUUUGCACAAGGACGCAAGGACACUUGCGUACAUAGGACACGAUUUGCACAAACAAGCAUAUACACUCCUCAGCAACCCAGCAAAGCGCGGCGAAAACGGAGUAGGGAAACGUGGACCGCGUCGAGCACUGGCCGGUGUACCAGGAACCGCGCCAGGACGGCGACAGGAACUACAAGUCCCGGCACUCGGCCACCUCCGGCCGACGCGCGGCGGGCGCAGUUGGCCCCGCCCAGCGACCCUGGUCCUAGCGCCGAGAGUCACCCGGCGCGGGGCUGGGGCACCCGGCAGCCAAGCUGCAUGGAGCCCCAGGCUGCUGAAGGCUGCUACCUGGGCGACGUGGGUUUCUGGGUGGAGCGGACUCCAGUGCAUGAGGCAGCCCAGCGGGGUGAGAGCCUGCAGCUGCAGCAGCUGAUCGAGAGCGGCGCCUGUGUCAACCAGGUCACAGUGGACUCCAUCACACCCCUGCACGCGGCCAGUCUGCAGGGCCAGGCGAAGUGUGUACAGCUGCUGCUGGCAGCCGGGGCCCAGGUGGAUGCCCGCAACAUCGAUGGCAGCACCCCUCUCUGUGAUGCCUGCGCCUCGGGCAGCAUUGAGUGUGUAAAGCUCCUGCUGUCCUAUGGAGCGAAGGUUAACCCCCCCCUGUACACCGCAUCCCCCCUACAUGAGGCCUGCAUGAGUGGGAGCUCCGAAUGCGUGAGGCUUCUCAUUGAUGUUGGGGCCAAUCUGGAAGCACAUGAUUGCCACUUUGGGACCCCUCUGCAUGUCGCCUGUGCACGGGAGCAUCUGGAUUGUGUCAAAGUGCUGCUCAAAGCAGGGGCCAAUGUGAAUGCAGCAAAACUUCAUGAGACAGCCCUGCAUCAUGCAGCCAAGGUGAAGAACGUUGACCUCAUCGAGAUGCUCAUUGAGUUUGGAGGCAACAUCUAUGCCCGGGACAACCGGGGCAAGAAGCCGUCCGACUACACGUGGAGCAGCAGUGCCCCUGCCAAGUGCUUCGAGUACUAUGAAAAGACACCUCUGACCCUGUCACAACUCUGCAGGGUAAGCUUGAGGAAAGCCACCGGUGUCCGAGGGCUGGAGAAGAUAGCCAAGUUAAACAUCCCUCCCCGGCUCAUCGAUUACCUGUCCUACAACUGAACUGCAGGAGCUGGGCCUCUGGACAGAGUGCUGUCUGAGUGAAUAGCAUAAUUGUACAGAUAGAACAGUGCACCUUUGAGUUUCUUUUGGCCAUCCUGUUUGGUCUACUGAGCCCCAGUGAAUGUUUCUAAGGCACUGGGAAGGCCUGUGUCUCAGGCCCAGUUAUUGGUUUGACCCUGUGCUGGUUAUCUGGAACUGAGAACUGAUUGACUGCGUUACGGUCCUUUGUCAAAAGCACUCUCAGGAUAGAGAGCUCAAAGAGCAUGACGCCAGGCAAGCUGGAGACUCAGAGCCUGCUGGUGGAUUUUCAGGAGCCUGGGCAGCAUGGCACAGACAUAGCAGGUCCCAGGUGCUGGCCGCUGCCUCUGAGUCAGCACGAGGUGGCCCUCCGUCUUCAAAGGGAAGAGCUGUGCUCUAGCGUCUGGGCCCACAGAAGGUUGGAUCCUGACCACAUGCCCUGGGAUGGCCUCUCUACUCACAUCCUGCCACUUGGACAUGUUUUCUGUAGCAGUGGUUGCACUUGCCAGGGCUCACCUGUGCCUAGGUGUAUCCAUCACUCAGGGGCUUCAUACGGGUCUUAGUGGGGAAGUCUUAGGCUUUGAAUUCCCCACAAGUAGCACAGUGUUUCUUAGGAAGUUUGUCUUUAGUUUGAGGUCUCCACUCUUUAAAACGUUUAUGUAGGGGAACAAACAUUUAGAGGAGGUAGGUAACUCUGAGGUUUUUGUUAAGUCAUUCAAACAAAAGGUAACAUGAAGUGGGUUAGUACAUACUGUCAUGGGCAGUCAUUUCCGAUAUUAAGGGCCAUUGGGAGACUCUAAGGAUUAUUUUUUAUCUGUUUCUAGAGUGCCAAAUGAAAUAUUCUACCACCCUGAGAGUUUUGCUAUUUCAUUGAAGUUAUAAAAUUAGUAGAGGAGGUUGCCGGCACCUAGUGGCUACUGUCACCUGUUUGUUCAUUCAGGUUGCAGGUACUCAAGAUGCAUCUGUCAUACGAAAGGCCUUGUUCCAGUGCUUUCAACUGGGUAGGAAAGAGACGUGUCAGCCAGGGCAAGAAAGGAAAAUAUUUCUCAAUCCCUUCCUAUAGCAUUAUAAACAAGUAUUUAUACAUCAUAAGCCACGAUGUAAAAUAUUAAGCAGCAUAUUCAGGUUGCAUUUGCCUGCCUGAGAUUCUGUAUCCUAAUAGCAAUACCAUCCACAUAAAAAGGAGUUAAACUGGAAGAUUUGUGCAUAUCUGUUAGGUAGAAUUGGGCCUUGCCUGAAGCCAGUGUGUUCAGAAUGGGAGUAUGGGGGUCUCUGGGCACUCUCAGGACUGCUCAAGCAGCCCCCCAACCCCUGAGAUUGUGUGGAACAGCAUGAGGCUGAGCUGGCCUGGGUGGUGGCUUCUUUCUGCACAGAUACUCUGGUGGGAACCGAUGCGGUGACAAUUUUGUGCUGGUCACUGUGGCUGUUUUCCAUCUCCACUGUUUUAGCCAUUGUUAUGAUGGGGCUUCAUCUUAUACUGAAGAGAAGAGCCACUUAGGAGAAUUUACAGUCUUAGAUUCAAGUUCUGGGAAAAUUAAUGUUUCUGCAUGUAAUAAUAAUGAUUAAAAAAAAAAAAGCAGUGGUUCUGCCCCUUUGAUCUCUGUAACAGCAACUUGCCUCUAGCAAUGAAAUCUGAUAACCUCCUAUACAGUACAGCUUGAAGUACAGAAUCAGGUCCCCACACUCUUACUGCUCAAUAAAAGUGGUUGAUUAAAGUUCA